AUGUUUGAUAAUCGACAAACAAUGAUGACACAGGAACCACUGCCAGCAAUAUAUCCAAGACCUUAUACUUCAAAUCAUCGACUUAGUGUAGGUGUUCCUCAGUUUUCAAAUGUAUUCGCUGAACCAAUAAAACAUGACAAGUUACCUCGUCAAACGUACGAUCGGACGAAGCGCAUCCGAUUUCUUCCACCAUUUCUCGCUCUCAUACUCCGCUCAACUUAUUUUCUUGUCGCGCUGUGUAUCGUUCUCGUCAUUCCUAUUCUUCAAUUAGUAUUCGGAAUAGUUUAUCUUGAUCAAUGUCCAAUCAAUGUUUACAUUCCAAUCUACUUGAUCGUCACAGGUGCGUGUGGUAUCGCAGCAAUCGGUUUAACCAUGGUUAUUGUAAUCGCAUUUGUAUGCUGUAUUAAGCAAGAUUCAAUUGCUGGCUCGUGUAUUAGCGGAUGUGUGAUUGGUGCUGUAGUAUUUUUUAUAUUUAUAAUGAGUUUCUUCCUGUUCGGUUGGUUUAUUGCGGGGAAUGUGUGGGUGUUUGGAGCGAAGACAACGGUCAACUUUGAGAAAGAAAACUCACCUUAUUACUGUCACAAAACUCUAUAUGAAUUUGCUUUCUGGAUCAUAAUUGUUACCUAUAUUUUAAUGGUUGUUAGUUGCUGCGUAUCGUGUUGUCGUGCUUGUUUUCAAUCACUAACGACAUUAAAAGCCUAG